AUGGUCGUACCCUCGCAAUUGAACCUGGCAAACGUAAAUGCCAUGAUGUGCGCGGCCCUUCAGGGGUCCGCCACGCAGCUGGCCCUUGCGGCCCUGACCAACGCAAACGCCGUUAGCAACAACUCGAAUAACAACAAUCACAGCAGCAGCAACAACAACAACCACACUCACAACAGUGCGUCGAGUCCUCCGUCGACACCUCCGAACGCGCCCGCGUCCCCCGCCUCUAGGGCAUCCCCUUCGUCUACGACGGGCGCCGCGGCCUUACCGACGUUGAACUUUUCCGUCCAGCAGGUGGCCGCGGUCUGCGAGACGCUCGAGGAAAGUGGAGAUAUCGAGAGACUCGGACGCUUCCUGUGGUCGCUUCCCGUGGCUCAUCCGAACUGCGCGGAACUCAAUCGCGACGAGAGUGUGCUAAGGGCCCGGGCCCUUGUGGCGUUUCACAGCGGCAAUUUCCGCGAACUGUACGCGAUCCUCGAGAGCCACCGCUUCACGAAGUCGUCGCACGCGAAACUGCAGGCAAUGUGGCUAGAGGCACAUUACCAGGAAGCCGAAAAGCUGCGUGGCAGACCUCUGGGGCCUGUGGACAAGUACCGGGUGCGCAAGAAGUUCCCAUUGCCCAGAACGAUCUGGGACGGCGAGCAAAAAACGCACUGCUUCAAGGAGCGCACCCGGAGCCUCUUGAGGGAGUGGUAUCUGCAAGAUCCAUAUCCAAACCCAACGAAAAAGCGAGAACUCGCCCAGGCAACUGGGCUCACCCCGACCCAGGUAGGGAACUGGUUCAAGAACCGUCGCCAAAGGGACCGAGCCGCCGCCGCCAAGAAUCGGCUCCUCCAACAACAGAUCUCGCAGCAUCAACUGGGCUCGUUGGGUGCAUCAGGAGCUCCGAAUGCCAAGUCUACGAAUGGUGUGCUGAACAAGAGAUCUCCCGCAGAAUCGCUGGGUCUCCCGCCAGGAUCUACUUCAUUGGCUGAUGACCAACUCUCAUCGUGCGAAGGUUCGAUGGAGGAUACUUCACGUCCGACGUCUCCCUGCGAAGGUGCGUUGUCGUCGACCUCAUCCGCGGGAUCACCUCCUCCGUCAAGAAGUCCCAGUCCGGGUCCCUGA